GAGAGAGAUUUCUAACACAGUAGUUCUCAGCCUUAGCUGCACAUUAAAAUCUGCUGGGGAAUUCUCAAAAAGUUCUUAUGUCUGCACCUCACACCAGAUAUUCUAAAUUAGUUGCUAUGAAGUGGGGUCCAGGCAGAGGUAUUUUUUAAAGCACCCUGGCUGAUUCUAACUUGUGGCCAAAGUUGAGGGCCAGUGUUUCAGUAUGUCUCAUGUAUCUUCUCUGUCCAAACCCUUCAAUACUUCCCAUUUUACUCAGAGUAUAAUCCAAUGGUCUACAAGGCCUAUGUGAUCUGGCCUCCUUUCACCUCUUUUGCCUCCCCCUUGUUCAUUCUACUCCAGCCACACUGGCCUCCUUUUUGUUCAUUGAACAAGUAAGGCACACUUCUGCCUCAAGGCCCUUGCCCUUGUUCCCUUUGCUUGAAACACUCUUCACUUGGAAGUCUGCAUGGCUCAAUGCUUGACCUCCUUUAGGUUUUUGCUCACCUAUCACCUUCUUAGUGAUGUCUUCCUAGUCCACCCUCUUUAAAAUUGCAACUCCUGCCCACCAUUCUGGUUCCUCCUUAUUCUUCAUAACACUUGUCACCACCUGACUGCUGAUAUAUUUUAUUUACAUUAUCUGUCUCUUCUCCACUAGAAUAUAAACUCUAGGAAAUCAGGAAUUUUUCUUUAACUCAUAUAUAUUCCUAUCACCUUAAAUGCUGUCUGGCAUACAGUAGGUGCUCACUAAAUCUUUGUUGAAUAACUGAAUUUCUGUAUAUGUAUUUUGGUGGAGGCUGGUCCAUGGUUUAGGCCAUGUAGAAUCUGGGGCACUUAGGGAUACCAGGAGCGAGGUCAGGGACUUGGUCUGAAGCAAUGAUGACUGAAGCUGUGGGAGCAGCUGACCAGCCCAGAGGAACAUGGACAUGGGGUAAAGGAGCCCCCCAAACCAGAUUCUACCCAUGUUCAUCUUGAUGGGUUUCACCUCCAUCUGCCUGGUCACCAGACAGGCACCUGGGGUCAUCCCAGACUCACUGUCACAUGUCAUUCUCCCGGAAAAGUUUUGUAUUGUCUAAGUACCUCCAAAGUCUGCCACGUCUGUGUCUGCGCUACCACAGCCAUCCUCUCCCCCAGCCUGCUGCCAAAAACCCAGCCUGGGUGCCUCCACCAUUGUUCUCCACAUAGCAGUUUUAAUGGUUUUUCUAAAACACAAAUUUGAUCUCCCUUUCUCUUAAAAUCUUUCAGUGGGCUCCGUGCUGUCCUUGAGGCCAUGUCCCAGCUCCCGCAGGCCUUCUGUGCAAGUGGACUGGCCUCCCUCUCUAAACUCAUCUCUUGCUAUUCAGCCUAUAGGCCCCCAAAGCACAGGAGGACUUCCUCACACCUGGGGCCUCUGCUCAUGACUAAGAAGGGACACGUUUUGGGAGAAUUUCCUGCUGACUAGGCUGCCUCCUCUGGUCCUCCUGAACCUAACCUCACACACACUCACUAAUGACACUAUUUGGCAGCCUAUCCGGGCUGGGUGCGCCUGAAGGAAGUACUAUCACUGCAAGGCAUCGGUGUGGGUCACUGCUGCGUUAAGAAGAGAGAGAGAGGUAGCCCAAGGGAGGUGGAAAGGGAGCCAGGAGCCUGUCCUACAGGCCAAUGAGUGAAAGUGAAGGGUGUUCCGCCUCGUCAGCGAGGCCCGAAUUGCCCUUGGGAGGAGGAGCCUGGGGUCUUGCGCCGCGCCAGCUACCCUCGCUACCCACCGAGCAGCAUUGAGUACUCUGCCGCCUGCAGACCUGGCGGGGGUCGCAGGGAUAGAUCUCAGCCGGCAGCCGUCUCCGGGCGAACUCCUUCUCUGGCCUUCAGAAGCCGAACGGAAGAGGCGGGGACGCCUACCAUGCUAAGAAGCUGGCGGUGCAGGGUCUGCGGCCAAACAGGAGAGCCAGUAUCCUUUCUGCGCAGGCGCGCUGCCCAGGCCGGGAAGGGCGGGGCCUGGACGGUCGAGGGGCGGGCCCACAUCCUGGGCCCGCCUCCACUAACUCUUUUUUUUUUGCUUCGAGAGUGCUGGGCACCCGGACUAUUCUAAGGGCUUCAGUCAGAGACGCCGCCCAAGAGACCCUGGGCCGGCGCCGGGCGCAGCUGCCUCUCCGUGUUUGCCUGUCCGUCUUUGUGUCUGUCUCUGUGUCUGUCUGGCUGUCUCCGAGCUUGCCUCCACUUUUAGAACUAAGCUUAACGGACACCGACAUCCUGCGAACCCUAGCCCCUUUCCUAUGGCAGGUUACUUGCCCCCCAAAGGCUACGCCCCUUCUCCCCCACCUCCCUAUCCUGUGACUGCUGGGUACCCGGACCCUGUCCAUCCUGGGUCCGGGCAGGCGCCAGUGCCUGCCCAUGUGCCUGCCCCUGCGCCCGGCUUCGCUGUCUUUCCCUCAGCCGGCCCCGGGUCCCCAGGGCCUGCUGCCCCCUUUUUGCCACUGCCCGGGGUGCCUACUGGCCUGGAAUUCCUGAUGCAGAUUGAUCAGAUCUUGAUUCACCAGAAGGCUGAGCGAGUGGAAACGCUCCUAGGCUGGGAGACAAGUAACCGGUAUGAACUGCGCUCUGGGGCCGGACAGCCCUUGGGUCAGGCGGCUGAGGAGAGCAACUGCUGUGCUCGUCUGUGCUGUGGCGCCCGCCGGCCCCUGCGUGUCCGCCUGGUGGACCCCGGGGACCGAGAGGUGCUGCGCUUGCUCCGUCCCCUCCACUGUGGCUGCAGCUGCUGCCCCUGUGGCCUCCAGGAGAUGGAAGUACAGGCUCCACCCGGCACCACCAUUGGUCAUGUGCUACAGACCUGGCAUCCUUUCCUCCCUAAGUUCUCCAUCCAGGACGCUGAUCGCCAUACAGUCCUGCGAGUGGUGGGGCCCUGCUGGACUUGUGGCUGUGGUACAGACACCAACUUCGAGGUGAAGACUCCAGAUGAGUCCCGCAGUGUGGGCCGCAUCAGCAAGCAGUGGGGGGGGCUACUUCGAGAAGCCUUGACAGAUGCAGAUGACUUCGGCUUGCAGUUCCCAAUGGAUCUGGACGUGAAGGUGAAGGCUGUACUUCUGGGAGCGACAUUCCUCAUUGUGAGUUGGCUGUCUGUCUUGAUUUCACUGGAGGCUUUUUGCACUUCCUGGCCUCCUGUUAGGAGAGGGUUAGGGACAGACUUUAUGGGGGUGGGGAGGUGGGUUGCAGUUUCUCCUGCUAGGAGAGGGUUAGGGACAGACUUUACGGGGGGGUUGCAGUUCUAGUCUGGCCCAGCCAGAUCUCCUGUUGAUAGUGCCCUCCCCUCAGGACUACAUGUUCUUCGAGAAGCGAGGAGGUGCUGGGCCCUCUGCCAUCACCAGUUAGAGACUGCUUCAGGGUGAGGAGACCAUCACUUCAAACAGAAUUCAAGAUGGUCACCUGCCCUGGCCUGGCCCGUCCUCAGAGGCAGCCCCUUUCCCCCAUGUACACUGCAGGAGACAGACAGGGGUGCCUGAGAGGCUGGGGGCUAUGGUGCCCCAUCCCUUUCCUACUCCCCUGGCCUCCUUCACCUGUGGCCCCACAAAAGGGUAUGUAUGAGAGCCCUUCCCCUGCUACCUCGCACCACUGCCUCCGGCAAUUCCUCGGCAAUCCCUCAGCACACAGGCACAUCGGCUUUCAAACUUUCCCUACUCACUCCCUCCCACCCUGUUCCAGGGCCUCUGCCCUGAAUGAGGCUUUUAGAAUCCAGGGCUCUGGGGUUUUACAACAGAGCUGGGGUGGGGAAGGGUAAGCAGCACCAAAGAUGGUAGAUAACGGCCACCCUUCCUUGCAUCAGCUUGGCCAAUUAGUUCAGCCUCAGACCAUGGCACUUGGAGGGAUCCCCAUUUUCCCGCCAAAAGCUCUAGGGCCUAGAGCCCAGUGCCACCUUCCUUUCCCCCUUGGACCCUGCCCACCGCUGGUGCUUGCUGAAGCUUCCUGUGCCUUACUUAACCACCCCCUCCUUCCCUGUCCCUACAAAGGAGGCUGCAUCUUUGUAUGUUAUAUUCAUAUAAACUUUGUAACAUUUUGGAAA